AUGAAAAUACUCAUUUUAUUAUUCAUUACCUUUACAACAUUAGCUUAUGAAUGCGUGCUAAAUGGAUUUAAUUUUAGUUCUAUUCAUUCAGAAAUUGAAGACUAUUCAUUUUUCCAAGACAAUGGAAUAAUUACCUAUGUUAAUCCAUGUGGAAGAUUAUUAUAUGAUUACCUAGUCAAUUCAACUAGUCCAUCACCUGACUACUCUGUUCUAACAAUUGAUGUAGAUGACAAAAUAGAUUUAAUGGGUUUAACUUCAAGUGAACACCUAAAAGAUAAAAAAGACUAUGUUGAAUUUAAAUACAGCUCUUCUGUUAGUUGUAGUGCUACAGAAAAUUAUGAAACAAAAGUGAAAGUUUAUUGUUCUAAAGAUGUACAAGAUUCAAUAUUUUAUGUUAAAUAUGAUGAUAGUGAUUGUGAGUUUGAAGUUAAAAUGUACCAUUCACUUGUUUGUAAAUACAUAGAAUCUAAGCAGACAUCUUCUACACACCCACAUCCAGAUGAUCAUGACGAUGAUGACGACGAUGAUGAUGAUGACGAUGAUUUCCCAGUGGUAGGAAUUAUUUUAUUGUUAAUUCUUUUAAGUAGUAUUUGUUUAUACUUAAUUAUUGGAGCUGUUGUAAAUGUUUUAUUAUUUAAGAGAAGAGGAAUUGCUGUUAUUCCAAAUUAUGUAUUCUGGUUAUCAUUGCCAAUGCUUAUAAAAGAUGGGUGUAAGUUUAUUUUCUGUUGUAAGAAACCAUCACCUGAACCAUUUUACGAAGAGGCACCAGACCAAGACUUUGCUGAUAUGCAAUUUUAA